UAUAUUAUCUGGAGAAAAUCGAGACGCAACUAUGCCACCAAAAAAGGGAAAGCCUAGUAGGGCUUCUAAAUCGGGAAAAGACGACUCUCCUGUGGCUCCCCCUUCAUCUGUUAGAACACCGGCACCCGCUAAGAAAGGGGGAGGGGCGAAGAAGAAUCCAGCGACGCCUGCACCACCUGCGAAAACGCCUGCAAAAACGCCUGCAAAAACGCCUGCGAAAAAGCCCGCAAAAACGCCUGCAAAAACUCCCGCAAAAGCAUCGACUAAAAAGAGCACAAGGAAGACACCUGCGGCUCAGCCCACCGCUACGCCUGCGAAUGCGGGUGGAUCAACCAUAGGCGCUCCUCCGCAGACGGACCGUAAUGCUCGUGCUCAGAGACGUGAAGAGGCGAGACAGAAGAGGGAAAAUGAGGAUGCUAAGAAGGAAAAGGAAAAGAAUGAUGAGAGGGAGAGGCAAGAAGCUGAAGAUGCUCAGAAGAAGCGUGACGCCGAGGAAGCGAGAAAGAAACGUGAAAAUGAAGCUGCUCGCAAGAAGCAGGCAGCUGAGACUGCUCGAAAGGAGCGAGAAGCUGAAAAUGCUGGUAAGAAACGCGACGCUGAAGAAGCUAGACAGAGACGCGAAGCUGAAGUGGCAAGAAAGAAGCGGGAAGUUGAAGAAGCCAGAAAGAAACAGGAGUUUGAAGAUGCUCGAAAGAAACGCGAAGCCGAAUAUGCUAAGCGCAAAGCUACACCACCACCAGUGACUCCAAGCAAGACUUCAAGGUCACCCUCGAGCCCCCUUAAGUCACGCAAAGCAAGAUCAAAAACUGCGCCAGCUGCUUCAGGUCCGUCUGCUGGAACAGCCCCCCAUUUUCUGGCUUCGCAACCGACGCAGGAAGGCAGAGUCGCUGUCGAAUGGAGUGAAACCGUCAUAAGGCGACCCGGUGAUGCACCCACCAGUUCUGAAGGCCUAUCUGCUUCUCAAUCAACAACAAUCCACUGGUCUCCUGCUACAACUUCCUCAGAACCAUCACAGAUACCUAUCCCUCCCAAUGUUGGCCGCCCGCUCACCUCCCCAUCCACGCCAAAACGCUCACCAUCUACUGCAAGUACCACAAGUCUGACUGGAAGUGACCGCUCAUAUGACAAUGAGCCCGAUCCUUGGUGGGCUUGGUUUCGUUCUCGCCGCCCUGCAAUACGUCGUGUUUCUCCACGCGUUGAACUCCGCCGUGCGCAGUUAAACCAUCAUACUUUGACGCCACGUACCCCUUUCUUCUCGGGCAGAAUCGUCAGAUCUGGAUUUUCCAAUUCACGACGCACUCCGCGCCAUGAUACGCAGUACUCAGAUCAACCUGUCAAUCAAGGGGAAACCCCUGUUCGUGUGCCUGCCGCCAGUCGUGUACCUGUUACAGCGGGCGAAAGUACUAUCCAAAGACCGUCAUUGAAAGACUAUACGCCCAGUCCGUAUACACCUACUGCAAGGCGUUCACGGCCACCUGUACGUCGGCCUGGAAUUGCACUCCCUGGUGUCCCAAAAGUUACCAGAGAACCAACGCCACCGGUGACUGACGUUCGAGAACCCACUCCACGGGAAAUCAGCCCUGAUGUUAUCCCAUCGAUCGAAAUCCCCGAAGCUCCUCAAGCCACCAGUUGGCUUAGAAGCACUUUCAACUAUAUAUCGAAUAGCGUUCUCAACCUACGAGAUUUGCUACCGAGAGCUCGAGAGGGGUCGGAAAGCGAUAGCUCGAGUGAUGAUGGUUCGGAUCGCUCGAGCUCUGACGAGGAGCUAUUGGAUCCCGAAAUCGUGACUGAUGAAGUACCUGAACAGAUUAUCGAAGAAGAGGAUAGUGAUGAGCGUAGCAAGAGGAAAAGAGAUGUUGAUGAAGAUGACGACUCCGACGACGACAACACUCAUAUCCAUAAAAGCCCUCGUCAGAGUCCAAAAGAUGAUGAGGAUGACAGCGGUAGCGAACCUGAUACCGACGAUGACAGCCGGCCUGGUCUUGCAGUUCCUGUGGACGAUGAUAAUUGGGAUCUCUAUGCUCCGCCAUCACCUGAGCGAGCAAACGAUCGAGUCAGAUCUCCCAGAUCUCGUGAACAUGAGGACUACAACCAGAAUAUUCUUAUUGACGAUGACAAUGAGUCAAGGGAUUCAUCGGUUGUAUACGAGACCGAUAGCGAAGAGGAACCAGAUGAAGUCAUUGUAGAGGAUGGGACUGGAGUUGAAGAGGAACCGGUUGUCGUCAGUACAGAAGACGAAAGCGAACCCAGCACGGAUUCUGAGAAUCCGAUGAACGGCGAAAAACCUCAGAAAAGCGUAAAAUUCGAAAACACCCCCCAAGUUCGUGAAUACAUUAGGCAACGUAGCUACAGCGGGAGCCCGUCCGAGAAAAGUCCCACUGGUUGGUGGAGCAGUAUACGAAACACCCUGACGGCCCCAAUGCGAUUCUCCGUAUCAAGACGUUCCACACAGAAUGCAGCCAUUGAUUCUCCACCUAGUCAGCCUGAAAGACGGCGAACCCCACCACUGGGAUCGCGAGACAACCCAAUAUUAGUACCGCGCCGCUCUCGCCCAGGCCAAACUCUAACACCUCGCGGGCUUACUCAGUCAGCAACACCUCCCCGCAUACCCCGUGGUGCUGAAUACAUCCGUAUCUCACAGCUCCGUCGUCCCAAUUACACACCAGAUCUACCCAAUAGACGCCCACGCCCCGGCCAAUCCCCACUAGGCUCCAACGUCUCGUCCGCUUCCGACACCGAACCCGAAUCGGACUCCCAAUCGCAACCUCACAACGCUUACCCAGCCCCUCCGAGUCUUCUGGCUCCCACCUCCCCCCUCGAAUCGGCACGUCCAUCCCCCUACCAAGCAUACGCAGAGCAAUGGGAGUCAUCGACCCCUCUCUCUCCCUCAGACUCAGACUCAGACGACCUCCCCGACAUCUCCAAGCUAAACCCUUUCUCCUCCUCCCAGACUCCCUCUCCACCGCGCCAAGCCACAUACCCGGUCCACGAACCCCCUUCUUUGCCAAACUCCCUCAUCACCGACGAAGAUCUACCACCACCUAGUAGAAUAUCACCUCGAGCAAUGCUGAACCCAGGUCCCAUUCGAACUUCUAUCCUCACUCCAAACCGCUACAUGGACGAGUCGGGCCGGAUUAUCACGGUCUCACCGAACGGCGAGAUUGUGGAGCCGGAAGGUUCUUCGAGACGGAGGAGGAGGGCUCCUGUGCCGUUUGGGACGCCGACGACGCCGACGAGUGGGCUGUCGCCCGGGAGCUGGUGGAGUACGGGUGGCAGUGAGAAUCAUGAUGAUGAGGAGGAGGAGGAGGAGGAGGAGGAGGAGCAGCAGCAGCUUGGGAGAGCGGGAUGGAGUGUCGAUAGCGAAGACGAAGAAGAAGAAGAGGAGGAGUACGAUGUAGAUGAUCGCACGGGGUGGAGGGCGAGGUUAAGGAGGGAAGGAUGGGAAGAUGUGCUUAACAGUGGACGACGAAAGUAG